UGGGUGACUUCCGGCAGAGAGGGCUUGGCCCCCAGAGAGGGCGGGGAGAUGACACAGUUGUUCCCCCAGCCCUGCGGGGCGGGCAGCAUGGUUCACUCCAGCAUGGGGGCUCCAGAAAUAAGAAUGUCUAAGCCCCUGGAGGCCGAGAAGCAAGGUCUGGACUCCCCGUCAGAGCACACAGACACAGAAAGAAAUGGACCAGACACUAACCAUCAGAACCCCCAGAAUAAGACCUCCCCGUUCUCUGUGUCCCCAUCUGGCCCCAGCACCAAGGUGGGCAUUCUCUCUGGCCUCCACUUAACAUUCUGGGGUCCCGGACCCUGCCUCUCUCCCCCCCAGAUCAAGGCUGAAGACCCCAGUGGCGACUCAGCCCCAGCAGCACCCCUGCCCCCUCAGCCGGCUCAGCCACAUCUGCCCCAGGCCCAACUCAUGUUGACGGGCAGCCAGCUAGCUGGGGACAUACAGCAGCUCCUCCAGCUCCAGCAGCUGGUGCUUGUGCCGGGUCACCACCUCCAGCCACCUGCUCAGUUCCUGCUGCCACAGGCCCAGCAGAGUCAGCCAGGCCUGCUACCGACGCCAAAUCUAUUCCAGCUACCUCAGCAAACCCAGGGAGCUCUUCUGACCUCCCAGCCCCGAGCCGGGCUGCCCACACAGGCCGUGACCCGCCCCACGCUGCCCGAUCCGCACCUCUCGCACCCGCAGCCCCCGAAAUGCUUGGAGCCACCAUCCCACCCCGAGGAGCCCAGUGACCUGGAGGAGCUGGAGCAGUUCGCCCGCACCUUCAAGCAACGCCGCAUCAAGCUCGGCUUCACGCAGGGUGACGUAGGCCUGGCCAUGGGCAAGCUCUACGGCAACGACUUCAGCCAGACGACCAUCUCCCGCUUCGAGGCCCUCAACUUGAGCUUCAAGAACAUGUGCAAACUCAAGCCCCUCCUGGAGAAGUGGCUCAACGACGCAGAGACUAUGUCUGUGGACUCAAGCCUGCCCAGCCCCAACCAGCUGAGCAGCCCCAGCCUGGGUUUCGACGGGCUCCCGGGCAGGAGACGCAAGAAGAGGACCAGCAUCGAGACAAACGUCCGCUUCGCCUUAGAGAAGAGUUUUCUAGCGAACCAGAAGCCUACCUCAGAGGAGAUCCUGCUGAUUGCAGAGCAGCUGCACAUGGAGAAGGAAGUGAUCCGCGUCUGGUUCUGCAACCGGCGCCAGAAGGAGAAACGCAUCAACCCCUGCAGCGCGGCCCCCAUGCUGCCUAGCCCGGGCAAGCCGGCCAGCUACAGCCCCCAUCUGGUCACACCCCAAGGGGGCGCCGGGACCUUGCCAUUGUCCCAAGCUUCCAGCAGUCUGAGCACAACAGUUACUACCUUAUCCUCAGCUGUGGGGACGCUCCACCCCAGCCGGACAGCCGGAGGGGGUGGGGGUGGGGGCGGGGCCGCGCCCCCCCUCAAUUCCAUACCCUCUGUCACUCCCCCACCCCCGGCCACCACCAACAGCACAAAUCCCAGCCCUCAAGGCAGCCACUCGGCUAUCGGCUUGUCGGGCCUGAACCCCAGCACGGGAAGCACAAUGGUGGGGUUGGGCUCCGGGCUGAGUCCAGCCCUCAUGAGCAACAACCCUUUGGCCACCAUCCAAGGGAAAGAAGAUGAGGACUCUUCAAGAAUAAGAAGGAGCCGCGAGGUGGAGCCAAGCCCCUGCACCAGUGGUCCAGGCCCUUGGUCCCCAAGGCGGAUGGAAGGACGGAUGCUUCUUUCUCUUCACAAAUACCUCAUGGACGUCGUCUUCGGGAAAGCCGGAGGGGGGUGGCUGGGGCAGGGCCUGUCCCUCAGCCAGGGUGGAUGGAAGCGGGUGGGCAGGGCUGAGAGAGGGUGUCAGGGACAGGGGUGAAGAGCCCCAAGCUCCCCGCCCCCCAAUCAACUGAAAAAGCUUUAAGAAAAAAAAAAAAAAGGAAAAAAAGGAAUAAGAAAGCAAAAAGAAUGGACAAAGGAAAACUAACAAAUUUUCGGGUGGUUUGAUUCCUCCUUUGAUCUCUUUUUUCUGUUCUCUUCAGUCCACUCUCCCUUCUCUCUGCUCACCUCUCUCUGCCUCUCUCUCCCUCUUCCUUCGCUCCUCUCUCACCUGUCUCAAUCUCGUUCUUUCUGUGUCUCUCCUCAAACCAAAGUGUUGCUGUGAAGGACGCGAGCCAUUGAAAUCAGAGCAGAGCCUGGCGGCAGCCGCAGACUGGCCCCUGUCCCUUGUUGGGCAGAGCAGAGGGAGGGGAGAGCCCCGGGAGACGGGCAGUGCUGCUGGACACUCCGAGGAGAGGCAGACAGAGCCUCGGAUGCCACCCUGGGCCCCAAGGCUUCAGUGUUCUCUCUUUCUUUCUUGUCUCCCUUCUCCCACCCGGGAAAGGAAACUGUUGGGCUGGGCCACGGCGGCAGCAGAGACUCGGCUGUUGCAAGGGUUUCGGGGUGCCUUGUUGGGCAGCGGUGGAGUGGCCGCCCCUCCCACCCUGGCAGCGAUGGGGCCUGGCAUGCCUUCGACCCGUCCUCGCCGGAAUGUAAGCAUCUCCGCUGAACCGACUCCCUGCCCUGACCCUACCUCUGAGUUUGUCCAUUUUUAUUUCCUGAAGAGAAGGGACUGGUGAGAGGGCCUGGGCCCCAGUGCAGGGGUGGAGAGGGGGCCAAGGGCUCCUGACCAGAUAGGAAGGACAUUUGAGCAGAGCAAGGUGAAAGGAAUUACAACCAAAAACCCCUCUGAGAAGACAGGCAGCAUGGAAGGCAUGGUGGAGAUGACUCAAACAAAAACUGAUUCUAGACCAAAAAAAAAAAAAAAAGAAAAAAAAAGAAAAAAAAAAGGAAAGAAAAUCCAGGACUCACCACCACCCACUUCAUCCUGCUUCCUCCCCAUCAAAUCCUGCCACCUGGGACCUCUCCCCGACCCCAGUGUUGGGGGAGUGGGGCAGAGAGGAGGGGAGGAAGCAGGGGGCAGGGAUGGGGCCAAUGCCCUGACAUUGGUGGAGGGGCCCCUGUGCAGCCGGGGGUGGUGGGGACCCUCCCCAUCCAACCCCCAUAACUGGGAAAAGAAAGAAAAGAAAAAAUGAAUAUUCCCUGGGAGAGGGAAAAAUAACCAAAUCCCAAGCUUUAACUACAGCUGUGAAACCAAAUAUUGGGAAGGGGGUGGGAGGGAAGGAGGGGCAAGUGUGCCCCAGGUCUCCCCCCUGGGCCCCCCUCCCCCGAGGACUCGAGAUAAGGCACCAAAUACCUCAUAGAACUUUAAUGUUAAAAAAAGGAAACCAAAUAUCGUUGGCUGGGGGCCAGCCAGGGCAAGGGGCUGGGGGGCUGGAGGGAGCCAGGGUUGGGAAGGUGACGGGGGAGUUCAUGCCUCCCAUCCCCCUCUGCCCCUUCCACUCCGGUCCCCCGUCUCGACUCCGGGAAACAAAACUAUCUCAUCGUUUUUAUUUUGUGGUCUGUACAGAGCCUGUGUCCGUGUGUCUGUGUGUGAGCGAGAGAGUUGGGGGCUGGGGAACUUUAUGUGGGGGAUGGGGAGGGAGACCCCAGGCCAGGCUCUGGGCUAGGUGAGAUGUCUGAAGUGGGUGGCCAGGGGCCUGGGCUAGAAAGAGAAGAAGAUGAGUGGAUUGGAGAAAAGGGGAGCCCUCUGAAUUUCUCUUCUCCCCAACCUUGACUUGAGGACAGAGACUUGGUCUACCCUAAUGGUGGGCCUUUUAAUUGUGCCAAAAAAAAAAAAAAAUGCUAGUGAAGGAAACAUCUCUCUCUGUUCUCUUCUGGGAGGGUGGGGGCUAGAAGUAAGAGGGAGGGGCUGUGGGUAAAAGUAGGGGUGAGUAGAGAUGGGGAACCCAAGCCCCUGUAUGAGUUGGGGCUAAGGUCAGGAGGAGGGGAAGGAUAUGAGUUUCCCACACAUCUCCUCCCUGGGGAAGGCCAAGAGAGGGUCUCCUAGCCUUGGGAAGAUGGGGUAAGGGACUAGCACAUAGGGGGUGACCUCUUGACCAGGCUAGAUUUCCUCACCCACCCAAAUCCCAGGGUACCUCUCUCUCCCUUUAGCCCAGGGUAGGGGGAACUGAAUGAGAGAGAGAGUGAGACAGACUGAGCAAGACUGAGACACGCGGGCCCCCACUGGCCUCUGAGUGGGAAAGGCAAGUGCGAGAGAUAAAGGCCUCCAAGAGAAAAAAGAAACAAACCAAAGAUUUAACCAUUAAAAAAAAAACCCACAGACAACUCCGCUACCUUUUUAUACGUUGGAAAAAAAAGUGAAAAAAAUUUAAAAAUAAAAAUUAAAAAAAAAUACACAAAAACUCCAAGCCGCAGUUCCUUCAUGCGGUUUGAACUUUGACCUCAGCAGUCUCCAAAGCAAGAUGACGAUGACAAAGGCGAGAAAAAAAAAAGAAAAAAUAAUGUAUAUUUUUAAGUAUUUGUCCUUGAGAUGUUAGCUCCUUGUUAAACAAACACAAAAAGGAGAGAAAAAUCCAGAGAGAAGUGUUGCUGGGACGGAGACAACUAUUUACUAUGUCUGUGACCCCUCCCCUCUGCCUCCCCUUCCUCUCCUCUUUCCUUUCCUCUAUCCCUGCUGCCCUUCCCCAGCCUGUCCUCUAAGCCCAGGGGCUCAGUAUUUAUUUAUUUAUAUAAUUGCAGGGUGACUGGGGGCCUCUCUCGACAACUUGUAGAGAGGGCCGUUGGAUCAUGGUGGGGUGGGGAAGCGGGGGAAAAGCAGGGGUCUGAUCUCUGAUCAACUCUCUGCUAGCUCCUUCUGGCUUCUUAUCCCACUGCUGCCACCAUCACCUCCCAAAUUCAAGGCUGUACUCGGGCAAGGUGACCAUCCCACCUUGUAAAGAUCUGAUUGGCUUGGCCCUUUCUGUGGUGGGUGUCUCCCACCUACUCAUUUGAAUGACCAGGUUGGCACCAGGAUAGGAGGUGGCAAGUAGUGGGCAAAGGGAGACCAAGAAGUGGCAUCCGGAAGUUGAGUAGGCCCUGGAGGAGACCUGCUUUUCCUCCAUUCUCACCAAGUUAGCCCCCCUUUCAGUUCUGUCUGACCCCUGUGUUGGUAGCCCCUCCCUUCCCAUCCUGUACCCCCUCCCUGUCUCUUCUCGUGGUAGCGGGUUAGCGUUUCAGUGUUCUUAACUCCAAUCUGCUUGUUCAUUGUACAAUGUGCUUCUUUUAAGGCCCCAUUUUUGUAACUUGAGUGUGUCAUUCAUCUGAACAACAUCCAAAAAUAAAAAAUUAAAAACUGUA